AUGGAGCUUCCAAUGGGAAACAAUGGUGGUGCUUCUGGUGAUGAGCAUGAAGUUUUAUCAUCCAUUGAUUACCGUGGAGCUUUUGCUGAUGUUCACGAGGAAAUCUAUAUUUUCAUGUCUGUUUUUCGGUGUUUUGUGUCUCUUGGCUUGCUCUUUGUUGGUAAGGAAUGUCCACAUCCGGAUGAAAACCAGCGGCGCCAGCUGAGUAGGGAAUUAGGCCUUGAGGCUAAGCAGAUCAAGUUCUGGUUUCAAAACAAGAGGACUCAGACAAAGGCGCAAAGUGAGCGAGCAGAUAAUUCAGUUCUUCGGUCAGAAAAUGAGAGGGUUCAAUGUGAAAAUCUUGCAAUCAGAGAGGCACUGAAAAAUGUGAUUUGCCCAGCUUGUGGAGGUCCUCCCUUCGGAGAAGAAGAACGCCAACGUAGUCUGCAGAAACUAAAGCAGGAAAAUGCUCGAUUGAAAGAAGAGGCUAGUUCGGAUUAUUCCAACUAA